AUGAAAGUUCAAGUGAAGUCCCAGAAAUCCUGGAUUGAAGGUGCCUUCAGUAAAAGAGAAUGUGCAAAAAUUGUACCCAGUUCAAAAGAUUCUCACAGAGGUUCUGCAGGAUGUCAAGUAUGCCAGAAUCUAAUUCGAUGUUGUUGUGGUCGGCUAAUCGGUGAUCACCAUGGAAUAGAUUAUGGUUAUCCUGUAUUUCAAUCCGAAAAAGAAAAAUAUAAUGUGGAAUGGUCUGUUGAAAAAGAUACAAAGAUUAGUCCAACUGAUGCAUUUGGUACAAUCAAUUUUCAAGACAGUGAUCACACGUACCAUGCCAAGUAUAUCAGAACUUCUUAUGACACAAAGCUAGAUCAGCUGUUGCAGCUCAUGAUUAAAGAAUGGCAGAUGGAAUUUCCCAGACUGGUCAUUUCGAUUCAUGGUGGCAUCCAAAACUUCAAACUUCCAUCUAAACUGGUGCAGCUUUUCAGCAAAGGAUUGGUCAAAGCUGCUGAAACUACAGGAGCUUGGAUAUUAACAGAAGGCAUUAACACCGGAGUAUCUAAGCAUGUGGGAAAUGCAUUGAAAUUCCAUGCCUCUCAAUAUUUAAGAAAGAUCUGUGCUAUUGGAAUUUCCCCUUGGGGCAUCAUUGAAAAUCAGAAAGAACUUAUUGGCAAAGAUGUAGUCUGCCUGUAUCAGACACUUGGCAAUCCUCUUAGCAAGCUGAGCACCCUCAAUGGCAUGCAUUCCCAUUUCAUACUGGUUGAUGAUGGCACAGUGGGAAAGUACGGCAGUCAGAUAAAACUCAGGAGAAAUCUGGAAAAGUAUCUAUCACUUCAAAAAAUACAUACCAGAAUGGGGCAAGGAGUGCCCUUAGUUGGGCUAGUGGUAGAAGGCGGUCCCAGUGAAAUCCUGACAGUCUGGGAAUAUGUCAGGGACACCCCCGCUGUUCCUGUAGUAAUAUGUGAAGGCACUGGAAGAGCUGCAGACCUGCUUGCCUUUACGUAUAAACACACUGCAGAUGACACAAACUGGAACUCUCAACUUAAGGAAAAGAUAUUAUUAAUGAUUCAGAACAGCUUCAGUUUUGGGCAAAAGCAGUCCCAUCAUUUGUUGAAAAUUUUAAUGGAAUGUAUGGAACAUAGGGAUUCUAUAACAAUAUUUGAUGCUGAGUCAGAGGAACAUCAGGACAUGGAUCUGGCAAUCCUGACUGCGCUCCUGAAAGGUACACAUAUGUCUGCUCCAGAUCAGCUCAAUCUGGCUCUGGCUUGGAACAGAUUGGACAUUGCUAAGAAACAUAUAUUGGUUUAUGGACAACACUGGAAGGUUGGCUCCCUUGAACAAGCAAUGCAGGAUGCCCUGGUUAUGGAUCGUGUGGAAUUUGUGAAAUUGCUAAUAGAACAUGGUGUGAAUCUACACCGCUUCCUUACGAUAUCCCGACUGGAAGAACUAUACAACACUAAACAGGGGCCAACAAAUCUACUUUUGCAUCAUCUUCUUUGUGAUGUGAAACAGAGUACUCUUCCAGUGGACUAUAAAAUAUCGUUGAUUGAUAUUGGAUUGGUUAUAGAAUACUUGAUUGGUGGAGCUUAUCAGAGCAGCUACACAAGAAAACAUUUCAGAAUUUUAUACAAUAAUAUGUACAGGGAACAUAAGAACCUCUCGCUUCAUCAGCUUAAUCCGAAUGGGAGUCGAAGUGGAACUGCUGAAAAUACUUUGCAUUCCCAGUUUAUCAGAACAGCUCAGCCGUACAAAUACAAAGAAAAAUCAACAAAUCUCCAUAAAUCCAAGAAGAACAUGAAAGACGAAUUCACAGUAUCUGAUGACCAAAAGUCAGUGGGCUUUAUUUAUCCCUACAAUGACCUCUUGGUUUGGGCAGUUUUGAUGAAAAGGCAGAAGAUGGCUAUGUUCUUCUGGCAGCAUGGAAAGGAAGCAAUGGUCAAGGCUGUGGUCGCUUGCAAACUCUACAGAGCCAUGGCACGUGAAGCCAAACAAUGCAACAUGGAGGAUGAUACAGCAGAGGAACUGAAGAAGUAUUCAAAUGAGUUUGGGCAGCUUGCUCUAGAUGUAUUAGAUAAUGCAUUCAAACAAAAUGAGCAGAUGGCCAUGAAGCUGUUGACAUAUGAGCUGAAGAACUGGAGUAACUCAACAUGUCUGAAACUGGCAGUGUCAGUGGGUUUGCGACCUUUUGUGUCUCACACAUGCACCCAGAUGCUGUUGACUGACAUGUGGAUGGGGCGUCUGAAAAUAAGAAAGAAUUCCUGGUUUAAGGUGAUUCUAAGUAUUCUUCUACCUCCGACCAUCUUGAUGCUGGACUUUAAAAGCAAGGCUGAAAUGUCCCAUGUGCCUCAGUCGCAAGAGUCCCACCAAUUCACAUGGUAUCAUGGUGAUCCUAACACCACCAAUGGAAAAGAUAACCUAUCAUUGAACAAUUAUGAUUUUGAGAAAGAGGUUGAGAAGCAAGCUGAAAAACAGACUUUCCCCAACAACAAUGAACCACAAAGCCUUCUUGGGACUAGGAAAAUCUAUGAAUUCUACAACGCCCCUAUUGUCAAGUUCUGGUUCCACACGAUGGCCUAUUUAGUCUUUCUCAUGCUGUUUACUUACACAAUCCUGGUGAAGAUGAAACCAACCCCCAGUGCGCAGGAAUGGCUUGUGAUCAUCUACAUUUUUACUACCUCCAUUGAGAAAGUCAGAGAGAUUUUUAUUUCAGAGCCAAGCAAGUUCAUCCAAAAGGUGAAAGUAUGGAUUUAUGAAUACUGGAAUUUUACAGACUUUAUUGCUAUCAUCCUGUUCAUGACUGGUUUUGGUUUGCGCUGGGCUAAUCCUCCACUUCAAACAAUAGGAAGGUUAAUUUAUUGUCUGGACAUAAUAUUCUGGUAUGCUCGACUUCUUGAUUUUUUUGCGGUGAAUCAGCAUGCUGGCCCCUAUCUGACAAUGAUCGGCAAAAUGACAGCAAACAUGUUCUAUAUUGUAAUUAUGAUGGCCAUAGUACUCUUAAGUUUUGGCGUUGCACGAAAAGCAAUACUGUCUCCGAAUGAGCAGCCAUCAUGGACUCUUGCACGAGAUAUUGUAUUUCAGCCAUAUUGGAUGAUAUUUGGUGAGGUAUAUGCGGGAGAAAUUGAUGCUUGUGAAUUAGAUCAAAACUGUCCUCCAGGCUCGUUCCUCACACCAUUUCUUCAAGCAGUGUACCUCUUUGUACAAUACAUCAUCAUGGUCAAUCUACUUAUUGCUUUCUUCAAUAAUGUUUAUUUUGAUAUGAAGUCUAUGUCAAACAAACUCUGGAAAUACAACCGUUACCGCUAUAUCAUGACAUACCAUGAAAAGCCAUGGCUGCCACCCCCUUUCAUCAUAUUGAGCCACAUUGGUAUUGUGCUAAAUUGCCUUUGCAACCGCCGGCUGCCCAGUGAACUGGAUCAAGAGGAGGAAGAGCAUGUUGAACUCAAACUGUACCUGAGUGAUGAAGAAUUAAAAAAGCUUCAUGAUUUUGAAGAACAGUGUGUCGAACAGUACUUACAUGAAAAGAAAGAAAGCUUUCACUUCAGCGAUAGUGAACAGAUCCGUGUUACAAAUGAAAGAGUUCAAGAAAUGUUUUCACAGCUGAAGGAAAUUCAUGAGAAAGUAAUUUAUAUCAAAGAUGCUUUGCUUGCCUUGGACAGCCAACUGGGACACUUACAGGACCUCUCAGUUUUAACGGUUGAUACUCUCAAAGUCAUUUCAGCUGUGGAUACUUUGCAAGAAGGCGAAGCCUUUCUCUCUGAACAGAAGCACCAGACCUGUAGGAAGCUUCCACAUAGUUGGAGCAACACUCUGUGUUCAAAGGAUUUGAGUUGUAUGGAAAGUGGCAGUAUCAAGUACAAGUACUACAGUAUGCCAACUUCUCUUCAGAGAAACCUAGCCAGAAGCCAUUGGUCACUAGGAGGGAACUGUCCCAUUUUUGGCACCCUAAACUAUAGUGAAAUCCAAUUAAUCAAGAAAGAUCAAGAACAGGAAGUUGAAAACGGCAUUCUGACAUCGGAGUUAUCUUCGGGGAAUAAAUCAGGCUCUAGAUACGGACAGUUUCUUCUUGUGCCUCCGGAUCAGAAAGGAGCUUCUGAAGAUGCUGGUUUAAGUUUGGCCUUUUCAACUACUCUGAAUGAGCUUAAGGAUGAGGACUUAAAAGCUAAAGACGAAACGAAGCAGAGUGACACUGUCCCUCAAUGUCAUGUAUGCAGUGCCAAUGAGGCGGCCGAAACAAUGCCGGUUAUCAGCCAAGUGCAGGAACUGAACAUUUCCCUGGCUAAGAAAGAGAAUGAAACUACUGCUGAACGGCAUUUGUCCAUCCAUGCGGUUAAUAGCAUCAGUGAGAUCGCUCAGUCUACUCAUUAUCACUGUGAGGGACCAGGAAAAGGUUAUGUAAAUUGGGGCUUCUUGGAUGACAACGAAAAGAGAGAUGAGGGCAAUCAGUCAAGACAGCAAGCCUGCCUGCAUUCGGUCCAUGACAAAGACGGCAGUUGCAGUCCUCCACACGUGCAGAUCAAGGAAUCCAAAUCCUUCUCGUACAGUUCUGACAUAUCAGAAUACAGUAGUGACAGCCCACCGUCUCACCUCACUUUCCAGCGCAGCAUGUCUGUCUGGAUCAAUCCUCUCAAGAGAAAUUGGCCUUUCUGCAAAGGGAGCAGCUUUUGUGGCCGUGGUGCUGAGAAAACAGCAAAAACCUGCAAAAUAAAAGAAUUUUCAAAAUCUACUCAGCUAUGUCAGUCAGUAUGGGCCAAGGCAAAAUUUAGAAACAAAGAAAGGAGGUCUUCAAGGAAAAAGAGAAAAACUCUUCAAGUUCCAUUGAUUACAGUAGAUAGUUGCCCUCAGAGCAUCCAAGUGAAUUUGGAACCGCUUGACAGUAAACCCGCCGAAGACAAACUGGAACACAGGGCCAAAUGGCUAACUGUGUCUCACUUCAAGCAACUAAGUUUAGAUCAUAUCAGUUGUAUGCAUCAGGAAAUGAAAAAUCAAGAACUAGUGAGGCAGACAGUGCAAAUCUGUGACUACUUGAGACAAUCGCAAGAGGCUGAGCUCUACAUUCUUAGUGAAGAACUAUUAAUGUUUGUGUGGGCAUAUUAUAUGAAGUGGUUGAGAAGUUUGGAUGGAGAUGGCAAUAUCUCACACUCCUUAAAAUCCCCUCAAGAUUUGCACCAUCAUUACUCAGCUGUUGAAAGAAACAAUUUAAUGAGGCUGGCUCAAACAAUCCCUUUCACACCAGUGCAGUUUUUUGCUGGAGAAGAAGUAACGAUUUAUAGAUUGGAAGAAAGUUCACCUUCGAACCUUGAUAAAAGCAUGUCCUCUUGGUCACAGCACGGCAUGGCUGCCAUGAUUCAAGUUUUAUCUCAGGAGGAAAUGGAUGGAGGUCUGAGGAGAGCUAUGAAAGCUGUCUGUACCUGGUCUGAAAAUAACGUGCUCAAGUUAGGUGAGGUUUUCAUUGUAAAAUCUUUCCUUCCUGAAGUUGUUCGGACUUGGCAGAAGAUCUUCCAUGAAAGCACUGUCCUCCAUCUGUGUCUCAGAGAAAUACAACAGCAAAGGGCAGCUCAGAAAUUGAUAUAUACCUUCAAUCAAAUGAAGCCCCAUAGCAUUCCAUAUACUCCAAGAUUCCUUGAAGUGUUUUUAAUUUAUUGCCAUUCAGCCAAUCAGUGGCUGACAAUAGAAAAAUACAUGACAGGAGAAUUCCGCAAGUACAAUAACAACAAUGGAGAUGAAAUCACCCCUAGCAAUUUGCUGGAAGAAGUUAUGCUGGCUUUUUCUCACUGGAGUUAUGAAUAUACCCGAGGAGAACUUCUUGUGUUAGAUUUGCAAGGUGUUGGAGAAAACCUCACAGAUCCAUCUGUUAUUAAACCUGAAGACAAACAGUCUAGAGGGAUGGCCUUUGGACCGGCAAAUCUUGGAGAAGAAGCCUUCAAAAACUUCAUUUCAAAGCAUUGCUGCAAUUCUUGUUGCAGGAAACUCAAACUUUCUGAUUUGAAAAGAAAUGAUUAUGCAUCUGGGAGGGUCAAUCCAGCUUUUGAAAUUGAAAAUGAAGUACCAAUGAAAGCAGGAGAUGAGACUGCAAACAAUAGGAACAAUGAACCACCAGAAUACUAUACUCGGCUGUGA